AUCGGGUAUAAAAACCCCCAUGUCUGUGAGCUCAUCACUUCAGUUUGUUUUUAAUCUUUCGCGAAGCUUUAACUUUGACAAUGUCUCGCUAUACGAACUAUGUGUUAUUGCUGCUCAUUGGAUGUUGCUGCCUGGCAGCUGUCACAGCUCAGAUACCCAUUACUCCACGUGCAUGCGGUGCAAAUGAAAAGUUCCUGCCAUGUGGUCCCAGUUGCCAAACGGAGUGUGCCACCCUUGGAGAUCCUUGUCUAGUUCGGCAUAUACGCUGUCCCGAUGGUUGCUAUUGCAAUGAGGGUUUUGCCAGGGAUGCAAGUGGCACUUGCAUACCCAUUAACAAGUGUCAGAAGAAAAAGAAGGGCACCUAUGGCAAGUGAAAUUCAAUGGAUACUCUCUGAAUGCCAUAAUAAAUGAAACAAUGCGGCUUUAUUGAAGCUGCCUUUGAUCACGUU